AUGGUGAAUACAAGUAAAUUUAGCCGGGGACGUGGGCGUCUAAUCUGCAGAGCACCCUCUAGAGAAGUUCAACAAGUAUAUGGACAAUGUUUCUACCGGAGAGAAGAAGGACGUGACCAGACUUACCGAAAACCCAGUAGACCUUUAGUUCCGGAAAACAAAUCAGAACUUGAAAAAUGGGAACCACGGGUUAUGAGCCCUGAAGGUAUUGUUGACAUUGCAAGACAAUGUAUCGAAGUGACCGACACAUUCAUAAGUUUGGACGUUUACUUGGACAGAAAUAAACAAUUUAAUUCUUCUAAUCUGGAACAACUUCGGGAAAAACAAAGACGUCAAAAUCCAUUGAAAGACGUUAAUCCUUCUAAAUACAUUGAAUUAAUUGCACAAUGCGAGGCUAACCCAGGAAAGUUCCCUGGAACUUUAUAUUGUUUAAAGCUUGUAUUUGGGGAAGCUCAACUUGAUGAAUUUGUACGAAACAUUGGUUGGACAGAAGAACAAUUGAGAGAAUGGAACAUCACAACAGAUUGGGAAAUGUACAAUAAAAGAUUAGAUAGUAAGGCAGCAACAGAUGAAACAAAAACCUCAUCUUCAUCGUUUAACCAACAAUAUGGGGCAGAAAGUAGUGGAGGGAUUGCAUUUUACUCUUAUCAAUAA